ACAUAUAACAAUGGCGAGAACUCGUUUCCUCUCGUCGACAACUUUGUCGUUGCUGCUAUUCCAAUACUGUUGUGUAUACAUACCUAUCUUAAUAACGGGUUCCGUAGCAGCACAAACCAACAUCAGCACAGAUCAGUCUGCUCUUCUUGCCCUCAAAUCCCAUAUCACCAUUGAUCCUCAAAACAUCUUGACCACCAACUGGUCUACCUCCAUUUCCGACAUUUGCAACUGGGUUGGCGUUACUUGCAGUGCACGCCACCUUAGAGUGACAACCUUGAAUCUCUCCUACAUGGGUCUCACUGGAACCAUCCCUCCCCACCUAGGCAACCUCUCAUUUCUUGUUCAAUUGGAAUUCAGAAACAACAGUUUUGGUGGUACCUUGCCCCCGGAAUUGUCUAAUCUACGCAGGCUGAAGUUGAUUAGCUUUGAAUUCAAUGACUUUGAAGGAACCAUUCCAUCAUGGUUCGGGUUGUUAUCUAAACUUCAAACCUUCAAUUUGUACGGUAAUCAAUUUUCAGGUCCCAUACCAAACGCCAUCUUCAACUUAUCUGCACUUCAAGUACUUAAUCUAAGAAGCAACCAGCUAUCCGGUACCAUACCAAGAGAAAUCGAGAGGUUAACAGUGUUGCAAGAGAUAUUACUUGGAAAUAACAAUUUCAAAGGUAGCAUAGCAAGAGAAAUUGGGAACUUAACCAUGCUCAGGAAUAUAUACCUUGAUUUUAACAUGCUCGAAGAAAUUCCAAACUUGAUUGGCAGUAAAGAUGAGGUGGAGAAGUUGUAUGUGCAGGCUAAUGCCCUAAAAGGCCCCAUUCCUUUGGCUAUCUUCAACAUGUCCUCUUUGACAAUUUUGGCUCUAAACGGAAACAACUUAAGUGGUAGUUUUCCGGACAAUAUAUGCCAACAUCUUCCAAGCAUCCAGGUGUUAAAUUCGGCUCACAACCAGUUUGAUGGUCCACUUCCACACAAGUUAUGGCAGUGCAAAGAGCUCCUUAGUUUGGUAUUGGACUAUAAUAAUUUCAGUGGAAGCAUACCAAGAAGUAUUGGAAACUUGACCCAGUUAACACAGCUUGGUUUUGGCAACAACACCUUAAUAGGUACUUAAUUGCCAAGUCUAUUAGUCUUAAUUAGAGCAAUUUAUUUCCUUGUUCCAAGCAUGAUGAUUUAUUUUUCAAUGAUAAAGGUGGGGUGCUAUUUUCAAU